AUGGUGAAGUCCCUACUAAUUACGGUUAGCAAUAAUAUAGGUCAAUUGGCUUGUCUAUAUGCUAAACAGCAUAGCCUCACACGAAUUAUUUUUGGGGGAUAUUUUAUUCGGGGACAUGGGUUAACAAUGGAAGUAAUUACUUAUGCCGUUCGGUUUUGGUCAGGCGGAGAAUACAAAGCCUUAUUUUUACGGCAUGAAGGGUAUUUAGGGGCAGUAGGUGCAUUUCUGAAAACUUGUAAGAAUAAUAAUUCAACGGAACGAAAAGCACUUUGGUCUGAGAACUAUGUAGUUAGCUCGAGUAAUACUCCUUUCUCUGAUAAUCCGUUUGAAUCAAAACCAUAUGCGACCAAUCACAGUAAAGAUGAAACUGAUUUCAGUAAAGUUCCUCCCCAUGAUCUGUCAAUUGUGAAUUCCUCAGUUGGUAAAAUACCGAAUCCAAAACGCUUAAUAAUCGCUCAAAAAGCAGAAGAAAGCAAGUCUACUUUAAAGAGUUCUUCAAAGUCCACGUCACAGAAACACGAAAUUUCGAAACUGCCUAACUUUGAACUCGAUCGUGUAUUUACGCAUUCUCUAGAAAUGUUUCAUUUACUAGAGUCACCCGCAAAUUAUUCACCUGAUACAUGGGAUCUAACUCACGAUGAAGAAGCCAGGAUUUAUUGGUUAGGUUGUUUCGAAAGCUGUAUAGAAUAUCACAGAGCAAAAGCUGAAGAAAGUCAAUCUGACACAUUAUCAGAUGCCUCUGACCGUUCACAUCAGUUCGCUGAACGAUAUAAACGAUUCCUACGUGAAUUGAGUGCUGAUCCAAGUGGUCGUGGAGUGCUCACUGUAAGAUGCCUUUUAUCCGCUCAACAGCAUUUCUUACGUGAAUAUGGAUUUGGAGAUGUCUUUUGUUUACAGAAAAGAUUUGAAAAUCGAGGUGCUCUUUCUGCUCUUAUGGAUCGAUUAAGUGAACUUUCUAAAUUGGAUUGGUCUAAUCGUCAACUGUCUUUGAUUGAAGGUCUUUUGGCUGGUAAUAUGUUUGAUUGGGGUGCAGCUGAGGCAAUUCAAUUCCUAAAGGAAGCUCCAAAGAAUAAAUUUGGUGCCGCUGACUUCCAUGUUAUAUUAGAUAAAGUUCAGUCUAGACCUUGGUUAGUUGACAAUUAUGAUAAUUGGAUUGAUCGAAUCAGCGUGUCCGGAUCCCCUUAUCGUUGUAUUUUAAUUUUCUGCGAUAAUAGUGGUGCAGAUAUUAUACUUGGUGUACUACCAUUUGCUAUGGAAUUUCUAAAUCGUGGAUGUAAAGUAAUAAUGGCGGCUAAUUCAAGUCCUGCUAUCAAUGAUAUAACUUAUCAAGAAUUGGAACUACUCCUACACAUGAUAGCAUCUUUUGAGCCUUUAAUAGCUGAAUCUCUUAAUAAUGGACAACUUAUGUUAUCUGAAAAUGGUCAAACUUCACCUUGUCUAGAUUUUCGUCUAAUUGCUAGCUCGUUAGUUCAGUUGGCAGAACGUGAACAGGUCGACUUGAUUGUCAUUGAAGGUAUGGGUCGAGCGAUUCAUUGUAAUUUAAAUGCAAAAUUCACCGUGGAUGCACUCAAAAUAGCUGUGAUUAAAAAUUCUUGGCUUGCCCGAAGGUUAGGCGGUCAGCUGUAUGGUGUGAUAUUUAAAUUUGAACCUGUUUCACAGUCAAGAUAA